AUGGCUGUAACUCACAUACUGUUUCAGUUCCUAUUGCUUCCUUAUGGAAAUGCUCUCCGGUCUCUGUUUCCAAAUAUCAAUGAGCAAAUGUAUGAUAAAAGCAGCUUCACAGUCAUACAGUCUUCCAAAAAGUCUGUGAUGGUUCGCUACCCUCUCACAGUUGAUAAAUCGAGCUUGUCUAGUUAUUCCAGGUUUGAUGGGGUGGAAGAAGAUACUGAUGAUUCCAAUGGUGGUCGAGAAGAUGGUCACGAUGGUGGAUCGAAGAAAAAUAGUGGAGACAUGGAUAAUGGUUUUUCAUCUGAGGAAGAAGACCUGGAUGUCCUGGAUGAUGUCAUUGAGCUUGAGGUGGAUACAGAUUUGGAAAAUGACUUUUCAUCUGAAGAUGCUGUAGAUACACAUCAGACUUUUGCAUCGGACAGCAUCAAAACUGAAGAAAGUAACUCUGUCCUGAAAUUGACAAACGAAACCAGGCUCAACCUUCCUCUUGAGAGGAAUGUGAAAUCGGACCAUAAUAUUGACAAUAUUAUGCAACAAAAUAUAAGUCGGGCACAUAAAGAAUAUGGUCAUGCAAGCUCUACUUUUAAGAGCCAUCCUGUAGAAUCUCAAGCAGUAACUUCAUCCACAAAUGUCUCCUAUUUGAAAUCAAAGGGAAAUUCAUCUGUUGGUUCUGCUGCCGUGAAAAGUGAUUUUGCAGUGUCAAAAAAUGUUUCUGCAAUGAUGGUCAAACCUGGGAAGAAAAAGAUGAGGUGUGACAUGCCACCAAAAUCAGUAACGUCAAUAGAUGAAAUGAACAGUAUUUUACUGCGGCACCGUCGAUCUUCACGUUCAAUGAGACCAAGAUGGUCCUCUGCACGUGAUAAGGAGAUAUUGGCUGCCAAGUCCCAGAUUGAAAGUGCUCCAGCUGUGGUGAAUGAUCGAGAUCUUUAUGCUCCUCUAUUUCGAAAUGUUUCCAAGUUUAAAAGGAGUUACGAACUCAUGGAACGCACCCUGAAGGUCUAUAUCUAUAAGGAUGGAAAAAAACCCAUCUUUCAUCUUCCAAUAUUGAAGGGACUGUAUGCCUCGGAAGGAUGGUUUAUGAAACUGAUGCAGGGAAAUAAGCAUUUUGUAGUGAAAGACCCCCGAAAAGCUCACCUGUUUUAUAUGCCAUUCAGUUCGCGAAUGCUAGAAUACACCCUCUAUGUACGUAACUCUCACAAUAGGACAAACCUACGCCUAUAUAUGAAAAAGUACGCUGAAAGCAUUGCAGCUAAAUAUUCAUACUGGAAUAGAACAGGUGGAGCGGAUCAUUUUCUUGUUGCCUGCCAUGAUUGGGCUCCGUAUGAAACAAGGCACCAUAUGGAGCAUUGCAUCAAAGCACUGUGCAAUGCUGAUGUCACUGCUGGCUUCAAAAUAGGGAGGGAUGUGUCUCUUCCUGAAACAUACGUUAGAUCUGCCAGAAAUCCCCUCCGAGAUCUUGGAGGAAAACCACCUUCUCAGAGAAACAUUCUCGCCUUCUAUGCUGGAAGCAUGCAUGGCUAUCUGCGUCCAAUCUUGUUGAAUCAUUGGAAAGACAAAGAUCCUGACAUGAAGAUCUUCGGUCCUUUGCCACCAGGUGUCGCAAGCAAAAUGAAUUACAUCCAUCACAUGAAGAGCAGCAAGUAUUGUAUCUGUCCCAGGGGUUACGAGGUCAACAGUCCUCGGGUGGUUGAAGCCAUCUUUUAUGAGUGUGUACCUGUAAUUAUAUCUGAUAACUUCGUGCCACCAUUUUUUGACGUCUUGGAUUGGGGAGCAUUUUCAUUAAUUCUUGCAGAGAAAGACAUACCCGACCUAAAAAAAAUAUUACUUUCAAUUUCAAAGGAGAGGUAUCUUCAAAUGCAGCUUGGGGUCCGGAAAGCUCAGCGACAUUUUAUAUGGCAUCCUAGCCCAAUGAACAAGCAAGAAGCACACAUACCAGAGGUGGAAAUGGAAAUGGAAAUCGUAGCAUAUGAAAGAGUGGUGAAGUUCAUCGUGAAGCUGUUAGCAAUUCAGGUUGAUUUGAAAGCUCAGUUUUCUAGACCUGAUAUUGUCCUCUUAUUAGGCACAUUGGCUGUUUCUGCAGAGGAUCCAUAUACCAAGAUGUCAAUGGAUACUUGGAGAAUUUUGUGGCCAGUUCUUCUGGACCACAUUCAAGUUCUUCAAGCCACAACAUCUAUAGAUGCAACAUUGAAGGUUGUUCAUUGUUUUCCAAGUAUCAUAUUACUGAUACGAGACCUGAAAUUCACAGAAGAAGAGUGGCAGAAGUUGAUGCUCCCAAUUUUUGGUUUACGACUUGCCUGGAGGUUGGCAUUGGUCUCCUGGAGAUGCUCAUUUUAUUACUUCAGAUGCGCUCAAGUUCAAGUUCAUAGCAUUAUGUCUCGUGUGCAUAAAACUUUGCGUGGUUCGUCUGAUGAUAUUGGAUGGCUACAGCAUACACCUGGAAUGGCUCCAGUGGAGGAUGGUACAGUCAGAUUCUUAGAGCUGCUUGAGAACAUAAGGAAUGGGGAGCACACCCUUCCAAACUCAUUGGUUUAUUUGUUAAUACCAGGCCUUUUUAGUAAUCAUGGUCCCUUGUAUUUCGUGGGUACUAAGAGAUUCUUUUCUAAGAUGGGUCUAGCUUGCCACAUUGCAAAAAUUCACAGUGAGGCAUCAGUGGAGCAUAAUGCAUGGGAGCUGAAGCAAUAUAUUGAGGAGCUUUAUUGGGGUUCAGGCAAGCGUGUGAUGCUGCUUGGGCACAGCAAGGGUGGGGUUGAUGCUGCAGCUGCAUUGUCAAUCUACGCGUCUGACUUGAAAAACAAAGUUGCUGGACUGGCAUUGGUGCAAAGCCCAUAUGCUGGAACCCCCAUAGCUUCUGAUAUUCUUCGCGAAGGCCAGAUUGCUGACAAAGAAACCCGGAGGAUCAUGGAACUUUUGAUCUGCAAAAUAAUUAAGGGUGACAUACGAGCAUUGGAGGAUCUCACCUACGAGAAGCGGAGGGAAUUCAUCUCAAAGCACCAGCUCCCAAUGGAAAUCCCUCUUAUCUCUUUCCAUUCUGAAGCAAGCAUCACUCCUGGUGUCCUUGCGACAAUGACUCACAUAGCACAUGCAGAACUUCCUUGGCUUCUUCCCCUUCCAAAAUUUGGGAGCGUGGAAUCUGAUGAUGUUGCUCAAGGAGGACACCAGGUGCCGGUAGUGAUUCCCGUGUCUGCCGCUAUGGCUGUGUGCGCACUCCACUUGCAGCUUAGGUAUGGAGAGAAGAGUGAUGGGUUAGUGACAUGGCGUGAUGCUGAAGUUCCAGGUUCAGUUGUAGUCAGGCCAGAUAGGAAGCUGGAUCAUGCAUGGAUGGUUUACUCUUCAAGAAAGAAGGAUCCUAGUGAGCCUGAUUCUUGUGAAAUGUGUGAGGCUCUUUUGACGAUGCUCGUGGAGCUUGGCCAGAUUAAGCAAGAAAGUGAUGUUAAUUAUGUGGACCGGUGUGCCUCUUAA